AUGCUAUCUCAGAUUGCCUCGCGCGCCGGACGCGCCAUGAAUUCGACUGUUCACGUCGAUUGGUCGCUCUACGGAGGUGCGGAAUCCACUUCGCCACCAUCCGUCUGCCAAUCGACUCAGUCUAGCAGCAAGCCCAGCAGCGGCCGACCAGGCUUGCGUUCCAAGGUGUCGGCCUACUCGUCUACCUCUUCUACUUCGUCAUCGACGCGCAAUUCGCGUUCCUCUUCCCCCGUCUCUUCAGCCGUAGGCGAUUCGUCCACCUCGUUCACGUCCGACGAUGAUGACAGCCUUGUCGACCAGCACAACAACAAGAGCACGGGCACCGCACAGCAGGAUGAGCUCGAUGACAAGCCUCUCCUUUCGGUAGCUGCCAACGACUGCACCAUGAUGCUUUCUGGUAGUACGGUCAAGCAAAGCAUCGUCACUGUCGAUGGCAAAGCUUGGCUGCCCGCUAUCGUUCCGCUUGAUACGCAAAGCACAAACGACUUUUUGUGGAUGCAUACCGAAGAGCCGCACCGCUCGCGCCGCAUGGCCAUACUCAAGGCGCACCCUGAGGUCAAGCGAUUGAUGGGCUACGAGCCGCUCACCAAGUACGUCUCGUUUGGCGUAUUGGUGCUGCAGCUUUGCGUUGCCAUUUACCUGUCGCAAUGCACUUUGUUGCAUCCGUUCUCUUGGCAAUUUUUGCUGGUUGCCUAUGCGAUCGGAGGUACAGCCAACCAAAACACAUUCCUCGCCAUCCACGAGAUCACGCACAACCUAGCGUUCCGUGGACUGCGCGCCAACCGUCUGUGGGCCAUCCUCGUCAACGCCGCGAUCGGCGUUCCGUAUGCGAUGGCAUUCAAACCGUACCAUCUGGAACAUCACAAGUACCUCGGAGAAGAUGGAACGGAUACGGACUUGCCUACGAAAUUCGAAAGCGUCGUGCUUCGCAACGUGUUAGGGAAGGCCUUCUUCGCCACGUUCCAGAUCUUUUUCUAUGCACUUCGACCCGGCUUUGUUCGCGCGCAGCGACCCACUAUCUGGCAUUUGCUCAACAUCACCUUUAUCCUCUUGUUCAACACGCUGCUCGUGCGCACGUUUGGCUGGACGCCGUUGAUCUACCUGUUGGAAUCCUCGUUUUUCGCAGGCUCACUUCAUCCAUGUGCAGCGCACUUUAUCGCCGAACACUACAUGUUUGGUGGUAUCCAACAGGAAACUUGGUCGUACUACGGCGCACUCAACAUUCUAGCUUACAACGUCGGAUACCACAAUGAACACCACGAUUUUCCCAGUGUGCCAUGGACACGCUUGCCGCAACUCCGAAAAAUCGCCCCAGAAUUUUACGAUUGCCUGCCUAGACACACGAGUUGGCCUAUGGUCACUGUCAGGUUCAUUCUCGGCAACGAUAGCGGUUUGUGGGCCAGAGUCAAGCGACCUAAUCGCGACGCGGCUAGAGCCGCGAACAAGUCUCGAUAG